AUGGCGGUAGCUACUUUAAACCAGAAUUAUCACUAUGGCCACAUUACGUCAUAUAAUUGGCAAUAUUUUGAUGGCGGGAACUAUACCCCGAAUAUUCCACAAGAUGACAAUUUUUCAAGUCUAUUGAGAGACGCGGUUGAUCCUUCUCUUUUGGAUGGUAGUUGUUAUGACUUUGAACCAACUGAUACUGUGCUGGAUCCGGCUAUACAAGAAUUGAUACUUCAAAGUGAAUCACCUGUUAGCAGCAUGCUGAAUUUUGAGAACCCGGAAGCUUUUAUGAUAAAACAAGAGGAAGUUGAUUCUGACAACGAAAGUGUGAUGUUACAACAUGAAGAUCUCGAUUUCCUUGAUCGCGACCGUUCUGUAGAUAGUGAAGAUUCUAAUUGUUAUGGCAACAGUCCUAGAUCCUCUACUGACUCCGGCUAUAAUGAUGAAAGUAAUAUUCCAAGAUUUGACUGCAUCUAUGAAAGUAAAUUAUGCAUUUCUAACGAAGUAUUUUACGAAGAUGAUGAUAUUGAUUCCAAGCCUUACUGUAAAUCUAACAGAGGUGCUAAAAAGAACUUACUAUGGAAAUUUAUUCUUGAAACAUUGAAAGAUAAAAACCAAAAACUGAUCUCGUGGCAAGAUGAAAGGGAGGGAACAUUUAAAUUCGAUGAUACUGUUGCAUUCAGUAGGAGGUGGGGAGCCAAAAAGGGAAAGAAUGACAUGAACUUUGAGAAAUUAAGCAGAGCAAUAAGGCAUUAUUACAAAAAUGGGUUGAUGUCGAGGAUAUCAACAGAAAGGCUGGUGUACAAAUUUAACUGGAAAAGUGUACCAAUCCGUUAUAGAAGAUACUAA